AUGUCAGAUAUAGCUAUAACUAAAGACAUCAUAAGGUCAAUUAUUCCAUCUCCCAAUUUGAAUGAUUUAUCCAACAACCAAUCAGAAAUAGAUAAUGACAUAACAAUCUUACUUGAAUGGUUAUCGCCAUAUUUCCCACCAAAUUUAUUAACAACCACAAGUAAUAUCAAUAAAGAUGGUUUCCCAACAAUCUAUAACAAAUUUCCAGAACCUUCUCAAAGAAUUAAAGCUGCUAUACGAAGUUGUCUUAAGGAUGAACAUAACCAAUUGGAAUUUAUUCGAUUAUAUUUGAAUUCAAUUAAUGGAAAAUUUAAUGAAUUCUUUCAGUCGCCUAUAAUGGUUGGUAAUAAGUUAUCAUUCUUACAAUUUAUAGAUAUGAUUAAAGCAAUUAUGUACUAUUUUGGGAUCCAAUCUGAUUAUUUGAAUUUAACUGUACUGAUCAAACGAGUGCUUAUUAAGAAAUUGAGUUUAUUAUUAAGUUCUUUCUUGAUUGAUAAAACGAACUUUAUUGAUGAAAUGGGUAUUUACUUUAAUGAAACAUUAUUUAAAUCACCUGAAUCUGCAAAUUCUUUAGAUCUAAUUGAUAUUAUAACUACUUUGGUUUCAAUCGACUUUACGAAUCAAUUGAAUGAUAUUGUGAUCAAGUUAUCCAUUAAGAGGAUUAAUCAUUAUAUAGUUCAAAAUUGUACGUGUGUUUGGGAUAAACCGUUAUUACAAGAUAUAAAUAAUUUCAUUGAACGAGAGAUAUUCCCUAGUUUUUCAAUAGUAAUUAAUUAUUCAACAUCCCCACAACAUCCUGGAAAUCAUCAAGUUGAUAACCUGUUUCUACUUUACGAUUUGAUCAGAAUUGCUGACGAUGAAUUGGUUUCAUUACGAAUUAAAGAAAUUUACUCCCUAAUUCUAAAGUUCCCCAACACUUAUCACGCUUUAAAUGACUUGCAUGAAUGUUUAUCACAGAAAUUUAAUCAUCGAGAUUUCAAUAAAAUCCCGUAUUCUUACAAUUCCCAAGCUUUUCAAAGAACAAAAUUAGUUGAAAUGUUUAUAAAAAAAUGUGAAGAUAAUUUAUUGCAUUCAGGAGCAAAUACCAUAGAUGUGAUAACUACUUAUACCAAAACUAUUAAAUCGUUUCUAAUUAUUGAUCCAAAGGGUGUACUUUUAGAUAAAGUUGUUAGACCAAUCAGGAAAUAUCUUAAAUUCAGAGAUGAUAUAAUUAUAAAACUUGUUUAUGGGUUCUUAGAUGACAAUCACGAAACUAAUGAAUUAUAUGAAUUGGCCCAAGAAUUGAGACGACCUUCAAGAAGUCCCAAAAUGUUGCAGCAACAACAUGAAGAAGAUAAUUCAUUGAAUUGGGUUCCUGAUCCAAUUGAUGCGUUGCCAGAUUUUAAAAAGGGUAAAUUGGAAGACAUAAUAGAAUCCUUAAUUUCGAUAUUUAAUUCAAAAGAAAUCUUUAUAGAUGAAUUUACGAAAUUGUUUGGUCAGAAAUUGAUCAAAUUUAAGGAUAUUAAUGAAAUUGAAUCAAAUUUGAAUUUAUUGAAAUUAAGAUUUGGUAAGAAUAAUUUUACAACUUUAGAUAUCAUGAUUCGAGAUAUUAAACAAAGUCAAUUAUUACAACAGGAAGCAGAUGCUCAAAAUUAUAACACAGAUAAUAUUGUAUUUUCAAGUUCGGUAUUAUCUCAUUUAUAUUGGCCUAGUGUAUUGGAAGAAAUCAAUAAUGUUAAUUUUAAUGUUCCUACAAUAAUUCAACAAAAAUUCGAAAGCUUCAAACAAACUUAUUCAAAAAUUAAACCGGGUCGGACUUUGAAAUUCGUUCCUAAUUUAGGAUUAGUUAAAUUGAAUAUUGAAUUCAAGAAGCAAAACAUUGCCUAUGAAGUAUCUCCAGAUAAGGCAGCAAUCAUCUCGUUAUUUAGUGAACAAGAAAGUGAAUUAUCCGUGAGCUAUAUCUCGAAAACACUUAAUAUGAGUGAAUACAUGGCAUCCAAAGGCUUAAGUUAUUGGGUCAAAGAAGGAAUUCUAAUGGAAUUAACCAAAACUUUGUAUAUUGUAAAUGAAGAAGAUGAUGAUGCGAAUGGUGAUAUUAUGGCUUUCAGUAAUGCUACCUCAAGUAAUAAUUCAGCUACUCAAAAAUCCGCAGAUAUUGGUAAUAACAGAUUUGGCGAAUUAAAUCAAUUAGAAUCACAUAUUAUAACAAUGCUACAGAAUAUAACGUCAUUACCGGGAGAGAGAAUCAAAACAUUGUUGAAAAUAAUGGUUCCGAAGGAGAAAAUCGAUAUCAAUAAUGUGUCUGAUAGUUCAUUAGAAGAAUAUUUGGACUAUCUCGUGGAAGAAAACAAACUCGAGCUUAAGAACGGUAAUUAUAAUCUUAAAAAGAAUUAG